AUGAGUGACACAGAGACAAAGCCACCAGAGGUUUCAGUGGAGGAUGGGCCUUAUGCUCCCCCCGUCGACGGCCCUGGUCCCGGGCUGAUUGGCUCCAGUCCUCCCCCUGACACGGAACUCCAGGCCAGUGAGCAGGAGGAGAACCCGAAUGAAGGGCUGGGGAGCCGGGACGGUCCUGUGGCGGCGGCAGUGGUAGAGGAAGAGGAGGAGGACGAGGAAGAACAGGGAGGCUCAGAGCACAUCUCACCGCCCAACAACUCAGUGAAACCCAAAACUCCUUUUCUCAACCUCCGUAAAGUCUUGACUGACAGGGGACACCGGCGACUAGGAGGCCACAACCCGAGAUCCACCAAUCGCAUGGCUUCCCCAGUAGUUGCUCCCUCCCCCACCACCAGCGUCUCUGUGUCUGGUAAACGGACGAUGGUUUUGUCCAACGAGGCAAGGAGAGAGAUGGUGAAACAGGCUCGGGCAGCAAAGGAGGAGAGGAGAGCCACGCUGGACAGUCGACAUAAGUACCUGGUCAGCAGACUGGCAGAUGGAGGGAUGAUGGGGGAGACGGAGGUGGAGGACGCCCUCAUCUCUGACGAUAAGUUCAGUCUGAUUGAGGAGUUCUUCUCUCCACACGGCUCCAAGAAGCUUGUAUUCUUUUACCAAGAUGUGAAACAGUCUCCAUCUUUUGGCCAUGCCUCCUUGGUAGAACCAGUUAGCUCCACCCCUCCAAAGAAGCUCUUCCUCACCACAGGAACCUCAGAGCCUUUAUUGGGAAAGUGUCUGUUCUUUCUGAGGACUACAGAUAAAGCCAUAAGCACCGCCAACAUACACCAGGAAGUGAACUUUGGCAUGUUGGACUGUUUUGAUGGCAACAUUCUGCAGAGCCUGGAGAGACUUCUGUCAGACAUCAUGUUACCUGCCCUCAGGUCCCAGCAGACUUGGGGCAGUGUGAAGGAGGGAUUGUCCUGUCCAGACGUCCAGACCUUCUUAUCCUCUGUGGACCGAUUCAUCAGCAACUUGGCCUCCGCCAGAUCCAACAUGGACACCAAAUUCCACCUCCUGCUGCCAUCGCAGACAGAGCUCACCGCCGCCAUGCAGGACCUGAGCAGCCCUGCUGAGUACACCUCCGCAGCCAAUAACAGCGAGCUGGUGCAGCAUCUGGAGGGUGUGGUCUUGACGUGGGUCAAUCAGAUUAAGCAGGUGCUGACGGAGAGCGAGCAGGUGAGGAAGGAGGCAGAUGAUGUUGGACCGUCAGCAGAGCUGGAGCUCUGGAAGCGACGCAUGACUACUUUCAACAGCCUGAUGGAGGAGGUUAAGCGUCCUCAUGUGAAAAGGACUCUGGGAGUUCUCCAGGUGGCCAGGUCCAGGACUCUGCGUACGUGGAGAGAGCUGGAUGGGAACAUCACUGUUGUGGCCAACGAGGCCAAGGAUAACGUCAAGUACCUCUACACCCUGGACAGAUUCUUUGAACCCCUGGGAAAAUGCACCCCGACCAGUAUGUUGGAGCACAUUCCCAGUUUGAUGACCAGUAUAAGAUUGAUCCACACCAUUUCCUGGUACUACAACACCUCGGAGAGAAUGACAUCACUCUUCGUCAAGGUGACCAAUCAGAUGAUCUCUACCUGUCGGACAUACCUGACGCAGGGCGUGGCCAGAGUCUGGGACCACAGCAGACCAGUGUUGUUGCAGAGGAUCUCAGAGUGCUGUCAGUUGAACAGAGAAUACCAGAGGUGUUUCCAUUCUGUCAGAGACAAACUGAGAGAAAACCCAGAAGACAGACAGUUUGAGUUCAGUGAGAACUACAUCUUUGGGAAGUUUGAUGCAUUCUGUAGGCGUCUGGAGAAAAUGGCUGACAUGGCCGCUACGCUGGAGAAUCUGGCCUCUCUGCAGCACAUGAAGGUGGAGGGCAUUGAUAAGAUCUAUCUGCGCUAUCAGACCGUCAUCUCCACCACCAAGUCCAAGACGUACAACAUCCUCGACCACUCGAAGGCGGAGUUUGACAGUGACUAUGAAGAGUUCCAGGUCCAGAUCCACAGUCUGUACCAGGCCCUGGAGGCCCUGCUCGACUUCUGGUUCAACCAGUCUCUCACCACUGAGCGCAUGCUGGAGCUGCUGGUUGUCUUUGAGGAGGGUGGAGGCGGGCGGCUGGAACUGAAGAGGAGGUACAUGGUGGCUCUGCAGCACUAUGGCAGAGAUGUGGAGCUGGUCAGAAGAACUUACCAGAAACACAGAGAGAACCCCCCAAUACCCAGAAACAUACCCCCGAUAUCAGGGCGGAUCAUGUGGUCUCAACAACUGUACAAGAAAAUUGAGGCUCCCAUGUCCAUCUUAAAAGACAAGCUGGACAUUCUCAAGGGUCCAGAGCUGUCUAAGGUGAUCAGGAGCUAUAACAAGAUGGCAGCGGCUCUGUUGGAGUAUGAGGUGUUGUAUCUGCGAGCCUGGAGCCAGGCGGCCGAGGAGACCCAACACGGCCUCACAGCCUCACUGUUGGUCCGACACAACCACACCAAGGAGAUCUUGGUUAACCUUGACCCCUCGGUUCUGGAGGUUCUGCAGGAAGCAAAGUGCAUGAGCAAAUUGGGCAUUGCCAUACCAAAGGUCAUCCUGGGCUUAACUUCCAAGAGUCUCCGGCUCAAGAGUCUCUACAGCCGACUGCUGGAGAUGCUGCAGGACUAUGAAUUGGCGGCAGUGAGGAUCCCAGCACUUCUCGCUCCUCUGAUGCAGCCGUUCAUCAGUCGCAUGGAGACAGCGCUCUCCCCCGGCCUCACCUCCCUCUCCUGGACCUCGCUGAACACCGACACAUUCAUAGAGAAUGUCUAUCUGACCCUGGGGGAGUUGGAGCAGGUGACCAAGGUGGUGGUAGACAUCGUAGCAUGUCGUAUUGAGCAGCCUUUGGUCGACAUGUCCUCCUGCAGCCUGCUGGACCUGCCUGUGGAUUCACCGCUCGCGUCGCAGGACUUCCUUCAUCAGGUGGAGACGUCCAUCAGAGCGGCGGCCAUCAAACUCAGCAGGCAGAGCCAGCAGGUGGAGAAGUGUGUAUUUGAGCUGAUUGAGGAGCUGAAGAGGAAGAUGAAGCCGGCAGAGACUAUCAAUUUAGAGGGUUCUUUCCAGUGUCUUCAUCCAGACUCCAAGCAGAAGACCCGCUGUCAGUCCUGUCUUCCGUGUUCCUUCUACAACCUGAUUGGUCAGCUCUGUCAGCGCAACACGGAGGCUCUGGUCAAAGCAACCAAAUCCUCCCUUGACGCCCUGAGACGGAGGCUGCAUGUGACAAAGUACCAGCCACCCUCUUUCUUCCACUCCUCUUCAUCCUGGUCACCGGGCAGUCAGCCGGGGCUCCCUCCUCUUUUCAGGGCCUCCAUCCAGCUGGCCAUCCCCAACAUCGUCCUCCGACCAAGCCUGGACGACAUUCAGGGUACAGUCAAUAAAGUGGUUGGUGUGGUGUUGUCCAUGGCUAAAGACAUCCCGCUGUGGACGUUCUCUCAUCUCCACCACAAGCAGCUGCAGGUGGAGCAGGCAGCAGUGCGGGAUUCGGGAGAUGAAGGUCCGGUGAAGCAACUUAUCCUGAGACCUCUGGACAGACAAGUGGCCGAACACAAAGAUGUCGCCAAGUCCGUAAUCCAGCUGAGCUCUGUGGUUUCCUCUGUGAGAGCCCAGGCAGCAGACACACUGAGAGAGCUGUCUCACUUUUCUAUGCUAUGGAACCAGGAUCCAGACGACUGUGUGAAGGAGUUCCUGGCGUCGGAUCCGUCGCUGGCGGAGUUCAGCUCCCAGAUCUCCUCUUACUCUAAGCUGGAGGUCCAGAUCGAGGAGCUUCCCUCCUCCUGCACCGUCGGUUCAGUCCUGUUCGACACGGAUCAGCUCAAGCUGUUGCUGACGCAGGAGUGCCACGUCUGGAAACGGGCGUUUGGUGCCGCGCUCAACUGCCGGGCGUCAGCCAAAAUGGCAGACGUGUUCUCCUUCCUGGACGGGCUGACGAAGUGCUUGGUGCGUCCAAUCAAAGACCUGGAGGACGUCCGGGGUGCCAUGGCAGCGCUCAGGGAGGUGCGUGAGGCCGAGAUCCGCAUCGAUGCAACCAUCGGCCCGGUAGAAGAAUCCUUCACCCUGCUAAACAAGCACGAGCUGCUCUUCAACGAUGGCAACGCAGAGAGGGUGGACAGCCUGACGUACGCCUGGAAGAACCUCAAUGCACUGGUGCAGCAGAGUCAGAACACCCUGGUGAGCAUCCAGCCAGCCAUGAAGGCAGACCUGCUGGCCGGUGUCAAGUCUUUUCAGAGUGCUGUCAAAAGCUUCUGCACCGAGUACAACCAGAGGGGUCCGGGUGUGGAGGGUGUGGCCCCGGCUGAGGCCAGUGAGAGACUGCAGAGUUUUCAGGCUGAAUUUGAUCAACUGUGGAGAAAAUACACAACCUACGCUGGAGGAGAGGAGCUGUUUGGACUCCCUGUCAAUGACUAUCCGGAGCUGCAGCGGAUAAGGAGAGAGUUAUCUCUGCUGUCUAAGCUCUACAGCCUCUACGACGUCGUCAUCAACAGCGUGGCGUCUUAUCUCGACACGGCAUGGACGGAGCUCGACAUCGACAGGAUCAAUGCCGAACUGCAGGACUUCCAAAACCGGAUCCGGAAGCUUCCGAAGGCCCUAAAGAACUGGCAGGCGUUCAGAGAGCUGAAGAAAACCAUCGAUGAUUUCAGUGAGAGCUGUCCUUUGCUCUCUAUGAUGGCCAACAAGGCCAUGUUGUCCAGACACUGGGGUCGUCUCAGUGAGCUGACCGGCCACAGUUUCCAGGUGGAAUCAGAGAGCUUCUCUCUGAAGACCAUCAUGGAGGCUCCGCUGGUCAAAUACAAAGAAGACAUCGAGGACGUGUGUAUCAGUGCGGUGAAGGAGAGAGACAUUGAGGCCAAGCUGAGAGAUGUGGUGGCAGAGUGGAGCAGCCACGUGUUCACUUUCACCUCCUUCAGGUUGCGGGGUGAACUGCUGCUGAAAGGAGCCGACACAGCAGAGAAAGUGGCUUUGAUGGAAGACAGCUUAAUGGUGCUGGCCUCACUGCUCAGCAACAGGUACAAUGCUCCAUUCAAGCCGACCAUCCAGCAGUGGGUGCAGAAGCUGUCUAACACCUUGGAGGUGAUCGAGAAGUGGUUGGCAGUUCAAAACCUCUGGAUCUACCUGGAGGCCGUCUUCGUCGGAGGAGACAUCGCCAAGCAGCUGCCUCAGGAGGGCAAACGCUUCCAGAACAUCGACAAGUCCUGGCAGAAAAUCAUGCAGCAUGCCCACGAGGUGCCCGUCGUGGUCCAAUGCUGCGUGGGUGAUGAAACACUGACCCAGUUGCUGCCCCACCUGUUGGAGCAGUUGGAGGUGUGUCAGAAGUCUCUGUCGGGUUACCUGGAGAAGAAGAGGCUGGUGUUUCCACGCUUCUUCUUCGUCUCUGACCCUGCCCUGCUGGAGAUCCUGGGACAGGCGUCCGACUCACACACCAUCCAGGCACACCUUUUGAGUCUGUUUGACAAUGUCAGCAGCGUUCAGUUUAAUGGAAACAGUUAUGACCAGAUCAUCAGCUUCCAGUCUCAGGAAGGAGAGACUGUAGACCUCCACCAGCCUGUCCUAGCACAGGGGAACGUCGAGGUGUGGCUGGGCCAGUUAUUAGCUGGGGUGAGACGCACCGUGCACGGUAUCAUCCGUCAGGCUCACCUGGAUAUCAGCGACCCGGGCCUGAAGUUUCUGGAGUUUCAGGCGGUGGUCCCGGCCCAGGUGGGCCUGCUAGGGAUUCAGAUGAUCUGGACCCAUGAUGCAGAGCAAGCUCUGGCCCUCAGCAGAACCGACAAAAAGAUUAUGCAGGCGACCAAUCAGAAGUUCCUGGACCUCCUGAAUGAGCUGAUCGACAUGACAACCAGGGAACUAAGCAGGAAUGAGAGAACCAAGUAUGAGACGCUCAUCACCAUCCACGUCCACCAGAAAGACAUCUUUGAUGACCUGGUGCGUCUGAACAUCCGGUCAGUGUCGGACUUUGAGUGGCAGAAACAGUCUCGCUUUUACUUCCUGGAAGACAGAGACAGGUGUGUGAUCCAGAUCACUGAUGUGGAGUUUACCUACUGCAACGAGUACCUGGGCUGUACUGACAGACUGGUCAUCACCCCACUGACUGACAGGUGUUACAUCACACUGGCUCAGGCUCUGGGUAUGAGCAUGGGCGGAGCCCCGGCAGGACCUGCAGGGACAGGGAAGACAGAGACCAUUAAAGACAUGGGUCGCUGUCUGGGGAAGUAUGUGGUCGUCUUCAACUGCUCUGAUCAGAUGGACUACAGAGGACUGGGACGUAUUUACAAAGGACUAGCUCAGUCUGGAUCCUGGGGUUGUUUCGAUGAGUUUAACCGGAUUGAGCUACCGGUGCUCUCCGUCGCCGCCCAGCAGAUCUAUAUCAUCCUGCAGUGUAAGAAGAACAAGAAGAAACAGUUUGUCUUCACCGACGGAGACAUAGUCGACAUGGACCCCGAGUUCGGCAUCUUCCUCACAAUGAAUCCGGGCUACGCAGGUCGACAGGAGCUGCCGGAGAACUUGAAGAUUCAGUUCCGCACAGUGGCCAUGAUGGUCCCUGACCGUGCCAUCAUCAUGAGGGUCAAACUGGCCAGCGCAGGUUUCCAUGACAACCAGACACUCAGCCGCAAGUUCUACAUGCUGUACAAGCUGUGUGAGGAGCAGCUUUCCAAACAGGUCCAUUAUGACUUUGGUCUGAGGAACAUCUUGUCCGUGUUGAGGACCCUGGGGGCAGUGAAGAGAUCCAACCCUGCCGAACCAGAGAAGAUGGUGGUGAUGAGAGUCCUCCGAGACAUGAACCUUUCGAAACUGAUGGAUGAGGACGAGCCUCUGUUUCUGAGUCUGAUCAAUGAUCUGUUUCCUGCUACUGUUCUGGAUAAAGCUGGCUAUCCGGAGUUGGAGGCGGCCAUCAACAGUCAGAUCCAGAAGGCCGGUCUGAUCCCUCAUCCGCCCUGGAUCCUCAAACUGGUGCAACUCUACGAGACGCAGCGUGUGCGACAUGGUAUGAUGACCCUGGGGCCCAGCGGGGCUGGUAAGUCUGCCUGCAUCCACACUCUGAUGAAGGCGCUGACAGAAUGUGGCUCUCCUCACAGAGAGAUGAGGAUGAACCCCAAAGCCAUCACCGCCCCCCAGAUGUUCGGCACACUGGACGUGGCAACCAACGACUGGACUGACGGUGUCUUCUCCACCCUAUGGAGGAGGACACUUAAAACAAAGAAGGGGGAACAUGUAUGGAUCUUGCUGGAUGGUCCAGUGGACGCCAUCUGGAUCGAGAACUUGAAUUCUGUUCUGGAUGACAACAAAACGUUGACUUUGGCCAACGGAGACCGAAUCCCCAUGGCUCCAUGCUGCAAGGUGGUGUUUGAGCCGCACAACAUUGACAACGCGUCUCCGGCCACCGUGUCCAGAAAUGGGAUGGUGUUCAUGAGCUCCUCGGUGCUGAGCUGGAGCCCCGUCCUGCAGGCCUGGCUCCAAACCCGGCCUCAGAUCCAGGCCCAGAUGCUGCAGGACCUCUUCGGCAGCUGUUACCAGGAUCUGAUCAACUUUGUCUCCACCGCUGUUUCUCCUAAGAUGAACAUCCUGGACUGUAUGUACAUCAGACAGACUAUUGACCUCUUACAGGGCCUUCUCCCGGCGUCGGAGGACAGACAGGGCGGCCACGGCAUCGUGGGCCGGCUCUUUGUAUUCGCAGUCAUGUGGUCUAUAGGAGCCCUGCUGGAGCUAGAAGACAGGGCCAAGAUGGAGGCCUUCUUAAAGGGCCACGCCUUAGCUCUCGACCUGCCGCAUACUCGGGACGAUCAGAACAUCUUUGAGUUUACCGUCAACGAACAGGGCCAAUGGGAGCACUGGUCCAAUAAGGUUCCAGAGUACAUCUACCCGACGGACCACAUACCAGAGUACUCGUCCAUCCUGGUACCCAAUGUGGACAACGUGCGGACAGACUUCCUGAUGCAAACCAUCAUGAAACAGGGCAAAGCUGUGCUGCUGAUUGGUGGACAGGGGACUGCCAAGACGGUCAUGAUCAAGGGCUACAUGGGUAAGUUUGACCCGGAGCUCCAUCUCAGUAAGAGCGUGAACUUCUCGUCGGCGACGCUGCCCAGCAUGUUCCAGAGGACCAUAGAGAGUUACAUAGACAAACGCAUGGGGUCCACCUAUGGACCGCCGGCCGGCCGCAAGAUGACAGUUUUCAUCGACGACAUCAACAUGCCCGUUAUAAACGAGUGGGGGGACCAGAUAACCAAUGAGAUUGUCCGUCAGUUGAUGGAGCAGGGUGGGUUCUACAGUCUGGACCGCCCAGGAGAGUUCACCACUAUUGUCGACACCCAGAUGGUGGCAGCCAUGAUCCAACCUGGUGGGGGUCGCAAUGACAUCCCUCAGAGACUGAAGAGACAGUUCUCAAUCUUCAACUGCACCCUGCCAUCCAACUCCUCCAUUGAUAAGAUCUUCCGCACUAUAGCGACCGGAUAUUUCUGCCCGCAGAGGGGCUUCCCCGCGGAGGUGUGCGCCUUAGCCAGCGCCUUGGUGCCCACCAUGCGACGGCUCUGGCAGGCUGUCAAGGCCAAGAUGCUGCCGUCUCCUGCAAAGUUUCACUACAUCUUCAACCUGCGGGACCUGAGCAGAAUCUGGCAGGGCAUUCUGAUGGUGAGAUCUGAGGUGUGUGACAGCUGUCAGCUCCUAGCUGCUCUCUUCCAUCAUGAGUGUACCAGAGUCAUCGCUGACCGCUUUACCGACCCCAAAGACACGAACACCUUCAGCGCCAUCGUGGAGAAGAUCACAGUGGAGGUCCAUGGGUCAGCUCUGACUGAGCAUGCUCAGUGGGACAGUUACUUUGUGGACUUCCUGCGUGAGGCUCCAGAGGUGACGGAGGAGGAGCCUGAUGACGCCACGAUGGAAGCCCCAAAGAUAUACGAGCCAAUCAUGUCGCUGGACUGCCUGGUGGAGCGCCUGUCCUUCUUCCAGCAACAAUACAACGAGGCUGUGAGGGGCGGAGCCAUGGACCUGGUCUUCUUCAAGGAUGCCAUGAGUCACCUGGUGAAGAUCUCUCGUAUCCUGCGGAUGCCUCAGGGGAAUGCUCUGCUGGUUGGCGUCGGAGGCUCCGGCAAACAGAGUCUGACCCGACUGGCGUCCUUCAUCGCAGGAUACCAGACCUUCCAGAUCACCUUGACCCGGUCUUAUAACAGCGGUAAUCUACUGGAGGAUCUGAAGUCCCUUUAUCGUAUUGCUGGACAGCAGGCCAAAGGAGUCACCUUCCUCUUCACCGACAAUGACAUCAAAGAUGAAGCAUUCUUGGAGUACAUGAACAACGUCCUGUCCAGCAGUGAGAUCUCCAGCCUGUUCGCCCGAGACGAGGUGGACGAGAUCCUCCAGGGUCUGAUCCCAGUCAUGAAGCGCCAUCACCCGCGGCGUGCCGCCACUGCUGAGAACCUGUACGACUACUUCCUGUCCCGCGUCCGCAGCAACCUCCACGUCGUCCUCUGCUUCUCACCCAUCGGCAAGAAGUUCCGCACAUGGGCCAUGAAGUUCCCAGGGUUGAUAUCGGGCUGCACCGUAGACUGGUUCCAGCAUUGGCCCCGCGACGCCCUGGUGGCCGUCUCACAUCACUUCCUGUCUCAGUACCAGGACAUCCGCUGCUCGGAGGAAGUGAGGCACCGCGUGGUGGUUACCAUGGGAACCUUCCAGGACCUUGUGGCAGAGACAUGCACCAAGUAUUUUGAGCGUUUUCGCCGGCAGAUGUACGUGACCCCCAAGUCCUUCCUUUCCUUCAUUGAGGGCUACAAGCUCAUCUACUCCGAGAAGAUCGCUCACGUCGGCAUGUUGUCCGAACGCAUGCAGACAGGCCUAUCGAAACUAAUGGAGGCAGAGCAGUCUGUGAACCAGCUGUCGAAGGAGCUGGUGGUGAAGGAGCAGGAGCUGGCUGUUGCCUCCCAGAGGGCAGAUGGGGUACUACAGGAGGUCACUGCCAAGGCCCAGGCUGCUGAACAGGUGAAGCAGCAGGUGCAGAAGGUGAAAGAUAAGGCCCAGUCCAUCGUGGAGGAGAUUGAGGCCGAUAAAACCGCAGCUGAGUCCAAACUGGAAGCUGCCAAACCUGCACUGGAGGCCGCAGAGGCCGCUCUGCAAACCAUUAAACCAGCAGACAUAGCCACAGUGAGGAAGCUGGGGAAGCCUCCUCAUCUCAUUAUGAGGAUCAUGGACACCGUGUUGCUGCUUUUCCAGAGGAAGCUUGACCAGGUGACCCUCGACCCUGAGCGACCUUGCCCACGACCUUCCUGGGCGGAGGCCAUGAAGCUGAUGCAGAACUCUGCCUUCCUCAGCAUGCUUCUCAACUUUAGCAAGGACACCAUCACGGAGGAAGUGGUGGAGCUGAUGGCUCCAUAUUUACAGAUGGACGAUUAUAACCUGGAGUCUGCCAAGCGGAUCUGUGGGAACGUGGCUGGUCUCUGCUCCUGGACCGAAGCCAUGGCCGACUUCUUUGCCAUUAACAAGGAGGUCCUGCCACUCAAGGCUAACCUGGCCUUGCAGGAGGCCCGCCUCGUGGUGGCACAAAGUGAGCUAGAGAAAGCUCAAGAACAACUGGACGCUAAACAACUGGAGCUAGACGCAGUGCAGGCACUCUAUGAUGCCGCCAUGAGGGAGAAGCAGGCUCUGCAGGACGAUGCCCAGGCCUGCCGGAGAAAGAUGGCCAGUGCUACGGCUCUGAUCGUUGGGCUAGGAGGGGAGAAGGUACGCUGGACGGAGAGCAGUGCUCAGUUUCAGACUCAGAUUAAACAGCUGGUGGGAGACAUCCUGUUGGCCACAGGCUUCCUGUCUUAUGCUGGUCCAUUCAACCAGGAGUACCGAAACCUGCUGCUGGACCAGUGGAAGACUGAGAUCAACCAACAGCACAUUCCAUACAACCAUGAUGUGAAUGUGAUUGGUCUUCUGGUGGACAACACCACGGUGGGGGAAUGGAACCUGCAGGGUCUCCCAAACGAUGACCUGUCCAUCCAGAACGGUAUCAUAGUCACCAAGGCCUCCCGCUACCCGCUGCUCAUCGACCCACAGGGCCAAGGAAAGACCUGGAUAAAGAACAGAGAGGCAGACAACCAGCUACAGGUUACUUCUCUGAACCAUAAGUAUUUCCGUACACACCUGGAAGACAGUCUGUCUCUAGGGCACCCCCUUCUGUUGGAGGACGUUGGGGAGGAACUGGACCCCGUCUUGGACAACAUCCUGGACAAAAACUACAUUAAGUCUGGAUCUUCUCACAAAGUGAAGGUGGGAGAUAAGGAGGUGGACGUGUUGAAAGGAUUCACACUCUACAUCACCACCAAGCUCGCCAACCCUGCCUACAGCCCAGAGGUCAGCGCCAAGACGGCCGUGGUGGACUUCACCGUCACCCAGCAAGGCCUGGAGGACCAGCUACUGGGACGAGUCAUACUCAUCGAGAAACAGGAGCUGGAGUCAGAGCGAGUGAGGCUCCUUGAGGAGGUGACGUCUAACAAGAGGAGGAUGCAGGAGCUGGAGGAGAACCUCCUGUUCAGACUGACCAGCACGCAGGGCUCCCUGGUGGAGGAUCAGUCCCUUAUGGAGGUCCUCCGAGUCACCAAGACGACCGCACAUGAGGUGAGUGAGAAACUGACAGUUGCUGCAGAGACGGAGGUGAAGAUUAACCAGGCCAGGGAGGAGUAUCGCCCUGUGGCCACCAGGGGGAGUAUCCUGUACUUCCUGAUUGUGGAGAUGUCGCUAGUGAACGUCAUGUACCAGACGUCCCUCAGACAGUUCCUGAGAAUCUUCGACUCUUCCAUGGAGCGUGCCGCCAUAUCCCAGAUCACCGCCAAACGCAUCAGCAACAUCAUUGAGGUCUUAACCCAUCAGGUGUAUUGUUACACAGCCAGAGGUCUGUAUGAAGACCAUAAGCUCCUGUUCACUUUGCUGUUGGCUCUGAAAAUUGACCUGCAGGCGCGAAACAUCUCCCAGGCCGAGUUCCACACCUUCAUCAAGGGCGGGGCUUCUUUGGACCUGAACUCGGUGGAGGUCAAACCCCGACGCUGGAUCCUGGAUGGGACCUGGCUCAACCUGGUCCAGCUGUCCAGCCUGCGGCCCUUCACACAGCUUCUGAUACAGGUGAACCAUAAUGAGCGUGCCUGGAGGACUUGGUUUGAUCACCCGGCACCAGAGGACACCCCUUUGCCUGAGGGGUAUGAGGACACACUGGAUGCCUUCCGGAAACUUCUCCUAAUUCGUAGCUGGUGUCCCGACAGAACCAUCACUCAGGCACAGCGGUACAUCUCCAAGUCUCUGGGUCCGCAGUAUGCAGAGGGUCUGGUUCUGAAUCUGCAGGCAAUGUGGGCUGAGAGCGACAGCAGAACCCCCAUGGUCUGCCUCCUCUCCAUGGGCUCAGACCCCACCGAGAACAUCGAGAGACUGGCCAAGAAUAAGGGGGUGCCCUGCAGGUCCAUAUCCAUGGGGCAGGGCCAGGAGGUUCAUGCUCGUAGGCUAUUGGCUCACAGUAUGUCAGACGGCGGCUGGCUCCUCCUCCAGAACUGCCACUUGGGCCUGGACUUCCUAGAUGAGCUCCUAGAGACCGUCACCAUGGCAACACCAGAGGGUGUGCACCAGGGGUUCAGAGUGUGGCUGACAACUGAUGUGCACGCCAGGUUUCCUAUCACAUUUUUACAGUCUUCUAUCAAGUUCACCAAUGAACCUCCCCUUGGGAUGAAGGCCGGUCUGAAGAGGACAUACAGCGGAGUGACUCAGGAACAGCUGGAGAUCACCAGUCUGCCUCAGUGGAGACCUCUGCUGUACGCUGUGGCCUUCCUUCACACCACCGUACAGGAGCGUCGUAAGUUCGGUCCAUUGGGUUGGAACAUCCCCUACGAGUUUAACCAGGCAGACUUCACCUCCAGCAUGCAGUUUCUCCAGAACCACCUGGAAGAGCUGGACUCCAAGAAAGCAGUGAACUGGACCUGUCUGCAGUACAUGCUGGGUGAGGUCCAAUAUGGCGGCAGAGUGACGGACGACCUGGACAAACGGCUCCUGAACACUUUCACCCGCGUCUGGUUCAGUGACAACACUUUGACUGACAAGUUCUCGUUCUAUAAGGGCUACUCCAUACCAGGCAAGGCCAAGACCAUCCAGGACUUCCUGCAACACAUCGAGGCUCUGCCAUUGGUCGACACGCCCGAGGUGUUCGGUCUCCACCCCAAUGCUGACAUCACCUACCAGACCAACCUGGCCAAUGAGACGCUCAGCACCAUCAUCAACAUUCAACCAAAAGACAGUGGGGGCGGACCUGGGGAGAUGAGGGAGGCCACUGUGCAGAGACUGGCCAAUGAGAUGUUGGAGAAGCUACCACCUGACUAUGUCCCUCACGAGGUCAGAGGUCAACUCCAAAAGAUGGGUCUGCUCCAGCCAAUGAACAUCUUCCUCAGGCAGGAAUUAGACCGAAUGCAGCGAAUCAUCAGCACCGUACGGAGCACGCUCGCUGACCUCAAGCUGGCCAUUGACGGCACCAUCAUAAUGUCUGAGGAUCUUCGGGACGCCCUGGACUGUAUGUUUGAUGCCCGGGUUCCUGCUCUCUGGCUCAGUCGGAGCUGGCAGUCGGCAACGCUGGGCUUCUGGUUUACUGAACUGCUGGAGAGGAAUCAGCAGUUCAGCGCCUGGAUCACCAACGGACGACCAAACCAGUUCUGGUUAACCGGAUUCUUCAACCCUCAGGGUUUCUUGACAGCUAUGCGCCAAGAGACCACCCGUUCCAACCUGUCCAAGGGCUGGGCCUUGGAUACAGUGUUCCUUGGCAACGAUGUAACCAGGAUGAUGAAGGAGGAUGUGUCAGCUCCGCCCCCGGAGGAUAUGGGAGGAGUCUACAUCCAUGGCCUAUUCCUGGAUGGGGCGGGAUGGGAUCGACGUAACGCCAAACUCACAGAAUCACCUCCCAAGGUCCUCUUCACCCCUCUCCCGGUGGUCCACGUCUAUGCUGUCAGUACAGCCGACAUGGCCGACUGUAAGCGUCAGGUGGGUGGCAGUCUGAUGAGCCUGUACGCCUGUCCAGUUUACAAGAAGCCAAGACGCACUGACCUCACCUACAUCUUCACACUGCAACUCCGCACAGCGCAGCAGUCCGACCACUGGACGCUCCGUGGGACAGCACUCCUCUGCAACUGUAAAUGA